CGCUAUAAAUUUUGACGUCUGAAUUUUGCUUACUAAAAAAGUCGAUGUUUCCGGGAUCGGCUUUGCCAUAAGCAUCGCCUCUGCUUGUGUGUGUGAGCGUUGGGAAAGGCCCUCUGAUAUUUUCGCCGGCGACCUCUAAAAACUACAUAGCAUUUCGUCGAGCAGUGGAGCUCGUCUCUUUGAAUUUAAAGCAAUGGAGGAAGACACAUCCAGCCCUAUUCGUCGAGUGUCAAGCAGAACCCGCAAGGUUGCUUCAAAGAUGGCUGCUGCACUUGCAAGUAGUGAUAACCGAGCUCAGGCUGCUCUUGCUCGCCUUGAAGCUUUGGAAAAUGAUAAUGCUGGUAUGGAAAUGCAAGAAACUAAUGAAGACGAUGAGGCUUCUCUUGAUGAUGAUGAUCAAGUGUACAUGCAAAAGAAGAUGUCCAAGAGCAUGAAGCGUAAAACACGCCAGGCAAAAGCUCUUGAGAAUGCCAGAAAGGCCCCAAGAACUUUCAUUGAGCUCCUGCAUGAGGCAAAUCUGGAAUCUUUGCCACCUCAUGUUCCUUCAUAUUUAAAGGCUGCAGUAGGACCUCCAAGCUCUACCUCUCGCCGCCAUUUCUGCACCGUUUGUGGUUCUGCUGCCAACUAUACAUGUAUAAGUGCAUACGUCUUACGUGGUGGUAAGGUUGGAGUUUUUGAACUUCUCAAGUUAUCUGCUUACUAAUCAAAAGGCUUAAAUAAAAGGAGGUAAAUUUCUUAUCGCGAAUAUAAUCGUUUUCAUUAAAUCAUAAAACAAACAUAAUAACAUAACAAAUCAUAUACUUAAUGAAGCAUUGAUAGUAACCUAACAAAUCAUAUGCUUA